CUUUCCCACGUUGACGCUUGAUUAUCACAGUCACCAGCAUAGACCACGAUGGGAAUCAAAGGGUUGAUGAAGUUGCUCACAGAGGAAGCGCCCGGCUGUGUGAAGGAGCUUCAGAUGUCUGCCCUGAGCGGUCGUAGUGUGGCCAUCGACGCUAGUAUGGCGCUCUACCAGUUCCUAGUCGCGGUCCGAAGCAACGGCGAGCACGGCGGCGCCGCCCAAAUGCUGACAAACGACGCGGGUGAGGUCACGUCCCACAUCCAAGGCAUGUUCAAUCGCACGAUCCGACUGAUGGAGAAUGGACUCAAACCUGUCUACGUGUUCGACGGCAAACCGCCCGUGCUGAAGGGCGGCGAACUUGCCAAACGCACCGAACGACGGCAAAUCGCACAAGAGAGCUUGAAAACGGCGACGGAGGAAGGAAACGUCGAGGAUAUUGAAAAAUUCAACAAGCGCCUCGUGCGCGCAACUCCCCAACACAACGACGACUGCAAGGAGCUCCUCACUCUCAUGGGUGUGCCCUUCGUCAACGCUCCAUGCGAGGCCGAAGCCACGUGCGCCGCGCUGGCGAAACACCACAAGGUGUUUGCGUCUGGCACCGAAGACAUGGACGUCAUGACGUUUGGCACGCCCGUGCUCUUUCGUCGUCUGACCAUUGCCGCCAGUCGAAAGCUGCCAAUCUUGGAGAUCAAGCUCGACAAAGUGCUAGAGGAACUCGACCUCACGUACGACCAGUUUGUUGACCUGUGCAUCUUGUGCGGGUGCGACUACUGCGACACGAUUCGCGGCGUCGGGCCCAAGAAGGCGCUGUCGGCGAUCAAGGAGCAUAAGACGAUCGAAACGUACGUGGCGCAUUUGCAGCAGCACCCAAGCAAAGGGAUCACGAUCCCGGACGAGUGGCUGGGCGACGACGCAAUCUACAAGCAGGCCCGCGCCAUGUUCCUCGAGCCCGACGUGAUCGACAUGGCGGAUGUCGACAUUAAGUGGAAAGACCCGAACGUGGACGAACUGCGUCAAUUUCUCGUCGACAAGCACGGGUUCAACGGCGACCGCGUCAUGAACGCGAUCGAGAAACUGAAGAAGGCCAAGACGUCGCACGCCCAGCAGCGCAUGGAAAACUUCUUUACCGUCAUCCCGUCCGACAAGGCCUCCAUGAAGCGCAAGGCGGACGACAAGAAGGGCGCCAAGGCAAAAGCGAGCGCCGCCGCCGCGAAACGGGGCAGAAAAAAGUAGUCCAAAUACAGUGUUAGGGUGGGUCUUGUCAUGGUCGCUAUCGCGCUGGGAGCCAACACGCCUUGCGCAGUCGCUGAUCCAAGUCGAGGAAAGAGAACCCUAA